GCGGGGCCUCUUCCGGAGCGGCGUCAGCCCUUCCCCAAGAUGGCGCCGGUGCUCGAGCGCUGAUUGCUCGGGCGGCGCGCGAGGUCCCGACGAGCUGCCGUUGCCGCCGUUCACUUCCGGCCGGCGGCCGCCGACGGGGAGCGGCCAUGGGGCGGCGGGCCCGGCCGGCGGCGGGGCGCGGCGGGGCGGGGGGCUCCCGCCCGCCGGCCUGAGAGAGACGACUGCUCGUGGAGGAACUGCAGAUCUUCAGUGAGGCUGUUUUUAUACCCGCUUCCAUCCUGGGGUAAAUUUAAAGGAGUCCAACGGUAAAGACUUUGAAAACGGAGCUGCCUACUUAGACCAGGUUCAGCGUAAUGUGGCACAGAUAAAAGGCUUCAGAUUUGAGAGACUUGUAGUGGAUUUGUUUGAUCUCGUGCUUUCCCACUUGAGAGGAUCUCCACAGGCAACCGCGUAUAGCGGUGGGGGCUUAGAAAGGCAGCCUCGCCGCCUGCUUCUGGAUGGUUCCCAGGCCGUCGUGCUAGGGCAUUAGUAUGCUGGGCAGGAGACAUCCUUGGUCAGGGGUACACAAAGGCCUGUCUUUAUUUGCCAAAGAAUCAUAUUUAGAUCCAGCUGCAGCAGAAAUCGUUUGGAGAACGGACUGGUGGGGCUGCGUUCAAAAGGAGAUAAAUUGGCAGGGUCGCAUAGUAAGUUGCGGUCUGUGUUUAGAAGACUGAAGCUGAAUCGUGUAAGUCAAACCGCAAACUAGCAAGAGAGCAGAAGCAGGUAGUCUGCGUGGUGAUCCUCUCCUUUAAUUUCUGGGCAGAAAUUCAAGAAAUGCUUUUCUCUUCGUGGUGAGAAGUCACCACCUGUAUAGAUCUGUUGAAGUGUAGUUCUGGUGCGGCAGCUGUUCAAGCACAAGCUCCGUGGCCUCGGAGGGAAGCUGGGGUACUUGUAUUUCCCUUUGGAGGGCAGGUCAGUUCUUUUGAGAUUCAGCAAUUACUUUUAUAUCCAUCUCCCCAGAAUUACUUGAAAGGUCAUCAGAGAGUUACUGAAACUGGAUGCGACAGGGUCGCUGCUCUGAGCGAAGCCCUCGAUUUAAUUUCUGGAAAAAUAAAUGCUCCGAGCAAAACUCUCGUCUUGGCAGAGCGAGAAUUGUGGUGGCGGUGGUCAAAUGGGAGCAUCCCUGGUGAUGCCAGGAUGCCUUCCCUCUCGCCUCCCCGCAGGAGGAACUCGUGGCUUUGAUUGCUUGCGCGCCCUGGGAUUAAAGUGACAUUGUCUUUCUAAUUUCGAUCCUGAAUGGAAGUUGUUACAGUCCAAAGAAAGGACAGUUAUUUCCUUAAGGAGGUUGUGGCUAAAAUUCUAAAAACAAAGCAUUACGGCACAUAAAACUAAAUAAAAAUCAAGGAUACUUUAAAGAUAAUUAUUAUUAUUUAUUUGUUUGUUGCAGCAAUGAGGAUUUUUCUUAGCAGGUACACCUUACCUUUCAUGUGGGGAGCUCUGUUACGUAUGGUUCAGUUGUUGGCUGGCAGAGGAAUUUGGAGUGUGGAUUAAAACCUCAGGCUUCACCAGGAAAUUGCAUUGGCUAGGCUUUAUUUUAUUUUAUUUCAUGAAAUAUUAAGCUAGUGGGACUCCUAACAAAAACAAGAUGAUGUUUUUCGCAGGUUCUGUGUGCAGAUAAUUCCUGUGCAGGAAGGUUUAUGCUGUUUAAUUAUGCCUGUAUUAGUGAACCAGUAAUACUGCAAUUAUAAUUAAAGCAAUACAACUUUUGUUUAGCCAAGCCGUGGCAUUUGUUAUGCGUUAUCUGUCAAGCCAAUUGACUGCAACAAUGAAGUGUAGUUUUCUUCGUACUAGGAAAAGCAGGGUUUACCCCACCCUCCCUGUUGGACCCAGAUGCCCUUGAGUAUUUUUAACUUCACCCUCCAUCAGCAGGAGCCUCGGCAGCCUGUAAUGCUGUUUGCUGAUGUUAAGCAAGUGUUUUGUUGGCAGAUAGGCAAUAAAAUGGCCUGUUAAUAGCACCCUCCCCACCCAUAAUUUCAUAACCAUAAUUUCUUCUCUGUGCCAAAGGUAAAUAAUUGCCCGUUGUUUUGUUUUUGCGUUUCUAACCAAAUGGCUCUUGCCUGUUUGAGCUCUCUUCACGAAGCCUGAAAUUUGGAGACAUUUAUGCUGUGCCCUUCCUGCGUUAUACUGAUAACGUAAAAUGGCCCCCGGAUCGGUGCACGGUGUUGGCUGCGCCUCCUGUUAGAUUUGAGUUCUCGCUCGGUCUGGGCUCGGAGUGAAUCUGUCUUCAGAUCUCUGCUUUUGGCACACUCGCUCGAGUUUCUGCGCUCGCAAGUGGGGCUGCCUGGCGUUGCUCUGCUCUCCAACAGUUCAGCCCGUGCCUGUGCACGGGCUUCGAGUACCCAUCUGCCAGAGCCUGGAAUAUGAGCUGUGGUGCAGCUGCAGUCAAGCCCUCUCUAAUAAUUCAGCAGUCGGUUAUUCCUGAAGACUGUAGGCUUUUUUGAUAUGGAAAGAAAGUCCUUGUGGUCAGUGAAAAAAUCAGUUUCAUGUUGGGGUGGUUCUUUGAGAUGCUCUUCUCUUUUUGCUUGUAUAUGCCUGGCCCUGCAAGGAGGUUAGCUUAUUCCAAGCUUGGUUAAUCAUGCACCAGGUUAGAGCAAAUUACAGCCAAAAGGGAGGCGGGUGGAGCUCCCGAGAGUCUUGUCCUGGGGAGGCAGUUGUUGGUGACUGCUGGGACGUGGCUGCCUGCGGGAUGAGACACAGCGGUAGCGCAUCAGGGGCAGGAGCUGGGCUCGGGAAGGGACUGCAGGAAGAGGCUGAAGCAGGAUAUCCCUGCCUUGUCCCCCAGUCCUUGGUCCUCUGAAUGCUGCCAGAAUUGGAAGGAUGGCAGGUUUGUGAGCGCUUUCGUACCAGAAGCGAUGAUGCAGUACUGGAAAGCCUGGAACUGAGAAGUGAUGUCCUGACAUCUGGGAGCAUCACAGACCCAGAAUGACUGGGAGAAGCUGCUUUGGUUGCCAGUUCGUAUUCCUGCGUGCUCGUUAAAAGAUGCCAGCACUUCCAACCUAGUCAGUCAACAUAGGAGGGCUGCGCCUGGAUCUGCUCUGUGCUUUUGAGGUAGAUCUGGGGCGUUCCAUCCCUCCUACCCCACUUCCAGGAGCCAUGGAGGACAAACGCAACAUCCCCAUCAUUGAGUGGGAGCACCUGGACAAAAGGAAAUUCUACGUGUUCGGGAUUUGCAUGACUAUGAUGAUCCGGGUGAGUGUUUACCCUUUCACGCUCAUCCGGACACGGUUGCAGGUUCAGAAGGGCAAGAGCUUGUACAACGGGACCUUUGAUGCUUUCGUGAAAAUCCUGCGGACAGAAGGGACAGCUGGGCUCUACCGUGGCUUUCUGGUCAACACUUUCACCCUGAUCUCUGGACAGUGCUACGUGACAACGUAUGAGCUCACUCGGAAGUAUGUGUCGCGGUACAACAACAACAACGCCGUGAAGUCUCUGGUGGCAGGCGGCUCAGCCUCCCUGGUGGCCCAGAGCAUUACGGUGCCCAUCGAUGUGAUCUCCCAGCAUCUCAUGAUGCAGAGGAAGGGGGAAACCAUGGGCAGGUUUAAGGUGCAGAACCAAGAUGGCAAGCGGAUGUUGGUCUUUGGCCAAACCAAGGACAUCAUUGUACAGAUUUUCAAGGCUGACGGCUUUAGAGGCUUCUACAGGGGCUAUGUGGCCUCGCUGCUCACCUAUAUUCCCAACAGUGCAGUCUGGUGGCCCUUCUACCACUUCUAUGCCGAACAGCUUUCUAGCUUGACUCCGAAAGACUGUCCCCACCUCCUCCUCCAAGCUAUAUCGGGGCCACUUGCGGCCGCAACGGCUUCCACGCUCACCAACCCCAUGGAUGUUGUCAGGGCUCGGGUGCAGGUGGAAGGCAAGAGCUCCAUCAUCCUCACCUUCAAACAGCUCAUGGCAGAGGAAGGCCCCUGGGGCCUGACGAAAGGCCUCUCCGCCCGCAUCAUCUCAGCCACUCCUUCCACCAUCGUCAUUGUGGUGGGGUACGAAACUCUGAAGAAGCUGAGCCUCCGCCCGGAGCUGGUGGAUUCACGACAUUGGUAGAGGCAGCUGUUGGAAGAGAAACCUUUUGAACCCUCUGAAUUUGGACUGUUGCGGUGGAAGGCUCGGGAGGAGAGGCAGCUGCUCUCUCCUUUGUCUCUCGCUGCUUUCACAGGACAAGGCAGGAACGAGAGCAACUGCCGUUUCACCUCUUCAGAUUUGGUUGUAAUACGAUGCUCUGCUGCUGUUUCUGCUUAAAACCAUCAAAACGGGACCUUCAGCGAUGCUGUUUACCUGUGACAGUUCACUCAAGAGCAGCCAGGUGCGUGAGCGCAUCCUGGCAAGUUCUUAAUUCCCUCUUUUUUUAAAUUAAAGACUUACUGGCUGAAGCAAUAAGCCAGUUUAUUCUUUAAAUUAUUCUAGACUUUGCCAAACUUCCGAGGAAGCGAACCUAACAGGCUGCAGCAGAGCCCUCUGGUGGGUUGGGCGCUGACUGCAGCUGCGCUGUGGGAAGCUGGAAGAGUAGAAUAGACAAGUCAAGUUCUCCAAUCACCCACGUUUAUUUCUAGAUGUGAGACGAGAGUAACCUGGAACCACUUAAGACCUGAUUUGCUGCAUUUCGAAUAGAUCUGUACAUACCUUUUUUUUGUAUGUUCUUCAAAAAUGUUUCCUAUCUCUCAUCCUUCAAACAGCAAGCUGGCUGAUCGGCGAGUUGAGUUGACUGUAAUUAGCCGAUGGCGAUUUUGACACCUAACCUGUGUUUUUAAUCUGUUGUUAUUUAAUUUUUUCUAUUUUAGGGAAGCUUAUUCUGAUUUCUGGGGGACUGAGUGGUUGUUCCGUGGCCUUGUUCAAUGUGAGUGUCAAUACUGCACGGUCAGGGUGGCUGCUGCCACUUCCCACCUUUAGUUAGUUUAAGCACAAAGAAAUGCAGAGGUUAGAAGUGUCGGGUUGCUGUGCUGCCAGCGGCCGGGGUGAGAACCGAAUGUGAUUUGAGCUCCAGCUGGAUGUGAGGUGGGGAAGGAAAAAAAAAAGCUUGUACUGGCUUUUGAUCCAGUUCAAACCUGAUUGGCAUGUUCAUAUUGAAUAAGAAGUAAUGGUUCACUAGUAAUUUAAGUUCAAAUCCUGCUUAUCCCGUUUGGGAAGGGCAAGGACUAUGCUUUGCACGCUCUCACUGGAUCAAAAUUGUAAGCUACGGUCCGUGUCUUUUACCAGAUGAAAACUUGCAGUCGAGUGCUGAAGCCAGAGGCAGCUCUUUGGGAGGGAGGAGGAGCAAAGGGAUUGUUUGACUUCACUCUUCUGGUCUCGGUAUUUGAGAUUUGCCCCUCGCGCUGCCAGCCCACGCACGGCGCUCUUUCCGCUUAGUUGUGUGUCUGAGAGGUGAGAGAGAACGCCUCCCCGUAACAGAUGUAUCGCCGCCUCUGUUCAUCUCGGCGCCGUAACAAGGAGUUCUUGGUCGUGGCGUUGAUCCUGCCGAACUGUGGCUGCUGCCAGGCUCUUAGCUGUCUUUUCAGCUGGGACUCGCUAAGCGCGGCUCUUGCCUUCCUCCCGCCGCCUGCAGCUCGGCCCAGGCUGGAGGUGGAACAAGUACGGACAGAUGCUGCUGAAGUUGGAGAGAGACUUUUAUGUUUAAGGGCAGAACUUGGUUAUAAGAUACAUUACCCUUUAAUGGGGCUGCAAAUGAGUCAUCAAAGGCCUUUUAAUCCCACCUGUGUUUUCUGCAGUGUUAAAUAAGGCGAUGUAUGCCUGAGCCGCUGACAGAGCUGUUUGAGCUGUGUGUUCUGCAAGCUGCUCUCUGUCGUGGUUUGGUUGAUUAAAAGGUGAUGCCGGUUGGCUCUGUAA